AUGACCAUCAUCGAUUUCUUCCGCAGCAUCUUGCGCCGACUGGCCGCCAUGAUCCUCUUUCCUUCUUCCUUCAAGACCAUGAAUGUCUCUGUCAAAUCCCCCAACACCGAGGUCACGGUGGUCGAGGCCGUGGACAGUCUCCAUUCCUUGGACUCGCUCAAGGACGAAAUCAUGCGCCUCUUCCGAUACCCCUGUACCAUGCGUCGAAUGUUGUCCAUGUCCUCGGCCUUCCGCAUCCAAUACAAGGCUAAACUUCAAGAAAGCGACGCGUGCAUGCUCCCCUCCUACUGCGACACAUUGCCGACAGGAAAAGAGAUGGGCACCUACAUCGCUCUCGACGUGGGUGGCUCCACCUUCCGAGUGGCAUUGAUUGAACUGCGAGGACGAGAGAGUCGACACGGUCCGAUGGUGAUCAAGCACAUGUCCACCAGUAAGAUUGACGAGCGAAUACGCAAGCUCCCUGGUACAGAGUUCUUUGAUUGGAUGGCCAGCAGGAUACAUGCCAUGUUGGAAGAAGAGAAGGGAUCGUGGUCCCCUGACCAGACGUUGGCCCUGGGGUUGGCAUGGAGUUUUCCGAUCGAGCAGACAAGUCACCGGGGUGGCAAGGUUCAGGGCAUGGGCAAAGGAUUUGCUUGCCACGAAGAGACCAUUGGUAUGGAUCUAGGCGAACUCAUCGAGGCCGCCUGCGCCAGGAGGAAGUUGAAAGUGCGCGUCGACGCCAUCGUCAACGAUUCCUCUGCCACCCUUCUGUCUCAAGCUUACCUUGACCCCGCUACGUCCAUGGGGCUUAUACUGGGGACUGGAACGAACGCCGCUGCAUAUCUGCCAACAUCGUGCAUGGGGAAGUCCAAGUUCGGGGUGCGCGAUCAUUCAUGGUUCGACAAGGCUGAGCGGGUCAUCACGAACACGGAGGUGUCGAUGUUCGGCAAGUCGAUUCUCCCGGAAACGCGGUGGGACGAAGUUCUCAAUCACCAGCAUGUGAGGCCGGACUUUCAGCCUCUCGAGUACAUGACGACUGGUCGCUACUUGGGAGAGCUGUUGAGGUUGAUCAUUAUUGAGGGCGUUGCCACCGGGGAACUAUUCCACGGCGUCAUGCCCGAUGUGCUACGUGAGUCCUACUCCUUGGACACCGAGAUCAUGGCCAAGCUUGAGCUGGACCAGACGAAGAGCAUGAGAAGCUCUAUCUCGAUGAUCAAAAAGGCUUUCGGGUUGAAAAAGAGCCCGACCGUGAGAGAGGUUGCGUUCCUCCGAGAGGCGGCCGAAUCAAUCUCCUAUCGAGCAUCUGCCUACAUCGCCGUUGCCGUCCACGCUCUCUGGGCUCUGCAGAAAGACACCGAUAUCAACCCCAUCACUCCGACCGGGAUUCCCAAGACAUCGAUUGCGUGCAACGGCAGUGUGAUCCUGAAAUACCCCGGCUUUAAAGAUCGAUGUGAAGGUUUUAUCCGACAAAUGAUCUCGACCGGGUCAUCAGCUGGAGCCGCCUUUGGCACCGAAAAGGUCGUCCUGGAACCGACUCAUGAAGCAGCUGUGUUUGGGGCCGCCGUUGCUGUGGCCCUGGCCGUCGCGCCCUGA